AUGGUCGAAUAUGAAACAGAUGAUGAAGAAGAAGAUGUAAAUAUUACAAUAGAAGAAUUAGACGUACCAAUUGCUGAGAAUGUUUCGAUAGGAAUAAGCAUAUCAGCAAUGACUAUACUGAGCACUUUAGUACCUUUCUAUUCGAAAGAAUGGACCAACGUGUUCGAGAAACUUUCAGAUUUCAAAACGUUCAAAAAAUCAUCAAAACUUGGAAAAACUAUCAAACUUUAUAAUACAUUAUCGAUAGCAUCAUCCGCUUAUUGUGGCGGGGGAGCAGUUUUUUACACCAUCGCUUGUUAUUUCGAAUCUAAAAAAUGUUUAGAUAUUGAUAAAGAAAGUGAAUCGAACUUCCUUUGUGUUACCAUAUAUCCAGUUUGGUUACCAUUUCGAACAAAUCAAUUUAUAGAUUACGCCAUCUUUGUUGUCCAGUUUAUAAUGAUAUUCAUCACUUGUGUAUGCGGCGGCGCUGUGAAUUACCUGAUUUGCGAAGUUGCGUUGUACGCAUCUUUGCAGAUAAAUUCAUUGAAAACCAGGUUUCUGGAAAUUAUCCACAUUAAAGCCCAACAAGAACAAGAUACUAAAUUGAAAAUGUGGAUACAAGAUCACCAAUCAAUGAUAAUAAUACUAGAAGAAGCAAAAAGAUUAACAAAAAUUUGUGUGGGCGCUGGAUCUUUAUCGUUCGCUUUGGUAUGUGCUUCUGUUGCAAAUCAAAUCAUGAACAGGAUAUUGAAAUAUGUGUUGAUUAACAUGGUAAUGAUAAUUUUAAAGAGCGAGUCCAUGGCAGAAGCCGUAUAUAAUUCCAAAUGGUAUAAAACUAAUCUAACAACAAGAAAAAGUAUCUUGAUAAUACUGAAAAGAUGUCAAAAACCGUUAACUUUGGAUGCUCUUCCACAAGGAAGUUUAAAUUAUCCACUGUUUAUGAUGAUUGCGAAAUCUUCAUACUCGUUAUUAACAUUCCUUAGCAAUACAUAGAGGCACCUUAAAUGAAGAUAAUAUCAGCAUAAUCGAAAUUAAAAACGCGCUCUAGUUAAUAAAGGAUUCAAGCAUGG